GAUAAAGCUAUAAAUACACAUUUCCACUUUCUUCUGACCUACCAUAAUACAGAACCUAGAGAAUUUCAGUUCUUCCCUUUGCAGCCAUGGCAGCCGCAAUCUGGUUUCUGAUAGCCCUGUCAGUCUACAUAGCUGGGCCCUGCAAUGGAGGUGUCACCAGUUAUUAUGUUAGGAAAUCCAGUCCAUCUGUUGACAUGCCCAUUGAACAUUUCCCUCCUCCUUCAGGUCACAAUGUUCCUGAACAGGUUCAUAUAACACAGGGAGAUCAUGAUGGAAGAAGUGUAAUUGUUUCAUGGGUGACACCCAGGAAGGCACACUCACAUGUGGUGAAACAUUGGGCAGCAGAUAAAUGCAAUCACAAGCACAAGACCCAUGCCUCAACCACAACUUACACAUACCACAAGUAUAAAUCUGGAUUCAUUCACCAUGCCACCAUCAAAAGAUUAGAGUAUGAUACCAAAUACUUCUAUGAAGUUGGGCAUGGGCAUGAAACUCGCCAGUUCUUCUUCACAACUCCUCCUAAAGAAGGACCUGAUGUUCCAUACACAUUUGGCAUUAUUGGUGAUUUGGGACAAACAUAUGAUUCAAACUCUACACUCGAGCAUUACAUGUCAAACCCAAAAGGACAAGCAGUGUUGUUCCUUGGUGAUCUUUCUUAUGCAGACCAUUAUGCUUACCAUGACAAUAGAAGAUGGGAUGUAUGGGGACGAUUCGUCGAGAAGAGCACCGCUUAUCAACCUUGGAUUUGGACUGCUGGAAAUCAUGAACUUGAUUAUGGUCCAGAAUUUGGUGAGCCAGUUCCUUUCAAGUCAUAUAUGCAUAGAUACCAUGUACCUUAUAAGGCAUCAAAGAGUACAUCACCACUCUGGUAUUCGAUUAAGCGAGCAUCUGCAUACGUAAUUGUCUUGUCUUCUUACUCUGCAUAUGGCACAUAUACUCCACAAUAUAAUUGGCUUCAGGAGGAAUUGCCAAAGGUCAACAGAUCUGAAACUCCAUGGCUCAUUAUUCUUGUUCACUCUCCAUGGUAUAACAGCAAUAACUACCAUUUCAAGGAAGGAGAAAGCAUGAGAGUGAUGUUUGAACCAUGGUUGGUUCACUACAAAGUUGACAUGGUUCUUUCUGGUCAUGUACAUUCAUACGAACGAUCGGAGCGAGUAUCGAAUGUGAAGUACAAUAUAACAGAUGGGCUAUGCACACCAGUCAAGGAUCCAUCAGCACCAAUAUACCUGACUCUUGGAGAUGGUGGAAAUAUUGAAGGCCUUGCUAACAGUUUUACUGAACCACAGCCCAGUUACUCAGCAUUCCGCGAAGCAAGCUUCGGACAUGCUACGCUGGAGAUAAAGAAUCGAACACAUGCCUAUUAUACUUGGCAUCGUAACCAUGACAAUGAACCUGUUGCAGCUGAUUCCUUGUGGAUCCAUAACAGGAUUUGGUAUCCAGAAGAAGAAGAUUAAAGUGCUGCAACUGAAGUUAGCCUCUUCAAUACCUCAAUAUUGUAGAUUCUAGAUAGCUGAUAUUUUCUUGGUUCCAAUCAGUUUAAGCUUCUUUUUUUUUUUUCCUGGUGACUCAAUAAAAGGAGAGAUUUUUCCACAAGAUUAUAAUCCUGAUUUG